CGCAGCACCACAUUCACAUUGACGGGACGGGAACAAAAUAUGGCAACCUGAAGAAAACCAGCGGCAGCGGCUUCUUGAGAAAUAUUGUGCAACGCCUGAGAGAAAUCAAGAUAUUUGUGUACCAUUGCGAAGAAACGCGCCCCAACCGCCCGUUGAAUCAUGUUUAGGUCACUGAACAGCGUUGUUACUGUGGGUAGAGUCCACGCAUCUAAUCCUUUAUUUCGGGUGAAGGGUUAUGGGGCCCUCCUAUCAAAGCCAAACAUUCCAGUUUUCACACCUGCUGCAUUUAUAACGUUAGGUAAUUCACAGCGGAGGGAAUCGUCCGUAAAAGAUCCCACUGUUCAAGUAGACAUCGAAGGAAGGCCCCUUUAUUUGGAUGCACAGGCGACAACCCCUUUAGACCCGAGAGUGCUUGAUUCUAUGCUGCCGUAUUUGACAUCAUGCUAUGGUAACCCUCAUUCAAGAACCCAUGCUUAUGGUUGGGAAAGUGAGAAAGCUGUUGAAGUAGCCAGAAAACAAGUAGCUGAUUUAAUAGGAAGUGAUCCAAAAGAAAUUAUUUUCACAUCAGGAGCUACAGAGUCAAACAAUAUAUCUGUCAAAGGAGUUGCUAGGUUUUAUGGUCGCAGCAAGAAGCAUGUUAUCACCACACAAACUGAGCACAAGUGUGUGCUUGAUUCAUGCCGAGCUCUUGAAGGAGAGGGAUUUGAAGUCACCUACCUACCUGUAACCAAGACGGGUCUUGUCGACAUGAAUCAGCUGGAAGCAUCCAUCAGGCCAGAUACAUCUUUAGUGUCCAUAAUGACUGUAAAUAAUGAAAUCGGUGUAAAGCAACCUAUUGCAGAAAUCGGUAAAUUGUGUAAAUCAAAGAAAGUUUUUUUCCAUACUGAUGCUGCCCAGGCAAUCGGUAAAAUCCCUAUCAAUGUUCAAGAAAUGAAUAUUGACCUCAUGUCAAUAAGUGGGCACAAAGUUUAUGGGCCCAAAGGUGUUGGAGCUCUAUACAUUCGCCGUCGACCUCGAGUUCGAAUCGAGCCUCUCCAGAGUGGAGGUGGCCAGGAGAGAGGAAUGCGCAGUGGCACUGUACCCACUGCUCUUGCUGUUGGUCUCGGGGAGGCAUGUGCCAUUGCUCAAAGGGAAAUGAAGUAUGAUCACAUGUGGAUGGAAACCCUUUCAAAUCAUCUUUUGCAAAGGCUUACGUCAAUUCCCGAGGUUAUACGUAAUGGAGACGUGCAACACUCUUAUCCAGGCUGCAUCAAUCUGUCCUUUGCGUUUGUUGAAGGAGAAUCACUACUCAUGGCUUUAAAAGAUGUUGCCCUUUCGAGUGGAAGUGCCUGCACCUCUGCAUCUCUAGAACCAUCUUAUGUCUUGCGAGCGAUUGGAGCUGAUGAAGAUCUUGCUCAUUCUUCAAUCAGAUUUGGCUUUGGAAGAUUUACCACAAUGGAAGAGGUUGAAUACACAGCUCAACGGGUAAUAAAGCAUGUGGAAAGGUUAAGAGAAAUGAGCCCUCUCUGGGAGAUGCACCAAGAAGGAAUUGACAUCAAGUCAAUCCAGUGGUCUCAGCACUAGUCAUCAGAUGAAAUUGAGUUCAAACAAGCGUAAUUUAAGUCUACUCUCAACUCUACCUAGGCUUUACACUCACAAAGCUUUCAAAUUAAUUUGGGAGAUUGACUUAUCCCACAAAAUAAAUAAAAGUAAAAACAAUUUCGCAUCAGCUGGUUUCUAUUUCAUAAUUGUUUGUUCGAUGAUAUAAAUUAAAGUACAUACAGGACAAAAUUAAUGUGUGAACUAUCAUAUCCAGGUGCUAUUAGUUUGUGAUACAAUGAAGUAUGGUUAUGUCAAAGAUGUAAAGCCUUAUUUGUUCUUUUUACUGUAUGAAAUACUGAAGUGUAUUUUAGGAAUGCUGUUGGUUUUAUACGGCAUUGAAAAUUUUAUUGGAUUAAUACAUUUUUAGUAGUAAUGCA